GUUCGAAGAAGCGGUCUCUUGGAAUAAUCAGCAUUGUGUAAAUAAAAGAUAAAUUACAUUGGUCAGAAAAUACUUCUAUAUUUGGUGUAAAAUGAAGUAUAUAUAAGGCGAAGGUAAAUAUCCCUCUGGUUAAGCUUCCUUUAAACAAUUUCCUAAGAUUCCUUUGCAGUCAUUGUCAUCCUGACGAAGUAACAGUAGCAGAAGAGGUAGUAGCGCAGGUUCCAAUUCGAAAAUAUGUCUCAACAUGUGUUAAAUGUGUUACAGAAUUUGCUUACUUGUUUACGGUCGUAUUGUUCAAUUCGAUAUGUGAUUCGAUUUCUACCGAAUGGUUCAUUAGCUCCAAGAUUAGAUAUUUAUAAUAAUAAUAAGAUUCUAUUUGGAAAACCUACUCUGCAUUACAAUGCAGAUGAUGAUUGUGAUUGUUCACUCACAGAUUCAAAUGUGUUGUAUACCUCAAGUUCUGCAGAUUUUGAUGUUGAGGAUGACGACGAUGUGUACAUUGUUGGUCGUAAAGCACUGCACUUAAGUCCUAUACCCAAGUGGGCUACAUCCAAUUGUCUGACAGUCAAAAGACGAGUUCCUGUUCCACACUCUUAUUCUUCUUCUGUGAAGUUAAAUACCAGUUCUCAGCAUCCUGAUGUCCCCGUCUAUUAUAUUGGCUCAUUUUCAAAUGUACACACCAGUUCACCGAAUUUACCAUCAAAACCUGUUCAGCCUUCUCUACGCCAGAAUAACGAUAAUGGUAAAACGUCAUUGCAUACAACUGAGCCAAUAAUCAGUCAAACAGAACGUGGUCGAAAACAUCAUCAUCAUCAUCGUAGAAGAAAUAUGAAAGGAAGACGAUUAGGAGGAGGAAAACUGUCAGGAACACCUACAGCUAGCAGUAUGCACGAUAGUACUUCAUUUACAGACUCCGAUGGUGAUGUUGGUGCACUUUCCAAGCGGCAUCCCACAAAAGCUUCCCAAUCAAAUCGUAUCACUCAGUUAGAAGCAGAACUGUCCAGAUUAAGAUCACAAAUUGCCCAGUUAAUAUUAGCUCAAGAAAUGAGUAGAUCAAGUGUAUCUGAUGUAGAUCGAAGUGGUAUACCGCAUCGUCCUGAUGCAGAUGGUGAAAGUGAUACCGGUCGAUCGAGUGUUGCAAAACAGGAUGAGACGAAAAUGUAUAAUAAAUCAGAAGGGGCUAACAUCAGCUCAACUUGCGUUUCAUCAAUAGCACCACCACCGCCACCGCUACUCCCACCCCCACCUCCCCCUCCUCCGCUUCCACCUAUGCUGCUAUCAACUUCGGUAGAAGAGACGAGUCGUGGAAAUUGGAGGGAUCAGUUACAAGAAAAGUUAAGGGCUAAAAAGAAUAAUUCUUCAGAUAAAAUCUCUACACCAUUAAAAGGCAGCCUUUCAGCAUCCCAACAUUCUGCCAGUGGUGGUGCAGGUGGUGGUGAUAUGUCAAGUGUUUUGAAGGAGCUACAGACUGGAUCUAUUAAAUUACGUACAGUUCCGAGAUCACCUGGCGGUACACCUAUAAGACAAAAGAAAUCCCCCAUCCACAGUGGUUCUGAUCCAUGUGCUAUUAUUGCUAGAGCAUUACAGGCGAAAUUUUCACAUCUUCGUUCCUUGAUGGAUAAUUCAGUCAGUGAUGAAGAGAACAGUUCUCAGUCUAAAAUUCCUUUGGACUCUGGUCUUGGACCUGGAUGCGAUGAUAUUUGGUCGCCUAAACGUAAAACCAAUGAUUCUCCUUCGCCUCCUCCUCUCCCCACUCCUUCAUUGCCAUUCGGUCAGCACAUGCUUCGUUCUGUCAACCGCCAAACAAAUGCGUUCCAAUAAAACUCUUCGAGUAUGACUUGACAAUAUAUAUACUGCACAAAUAUUUCGCCCCUUUGUACAAAAGUUAAACUGUUAAAUAAAUCUGCUUGUUAUACAU